UCAAAUAAGCUGAAGGAAGGAAGCAGGGUGGCUGGACGGACCAGAGAACAGGGGGAGCUUUCCCUACCUACACUCAAGGAGCCAAAGGGUGGACCAGAGCCUGCUGGAGGAAGACUUCUUGGGGCUGCAAGGGGCUUCCAGAGGGUUCCGGGACAGAGCAGCCUUACCAUGCUGCCCUGCCUCACCCUGCUUCUCCUGACUGGGCUGGGGCUGUCCGUGUGCACUGCGGCAGGUGACAGUGAAGAACAGACACUCAACCCUGAAGCAGAGUCCUGGGUAACCGUGACCUUGGAGGAAGGCCCUGUGCUCCGUGUUGACCUCCAGCUGCAGAAUGUGAAGAGGGGCAAGGCAAGCCAGUUCUUUGGGCUGAUGGGGAAGCGGAUGGGAGGAAUACCUCCGAUCCAGCCAGGGAGAAGAACAGCACCAGUGUAUCAAUUGGAACAAGCGGACCAGGGCCUCCUGGGCAGAAGAAGACCAUCCACAGAAGGCAGAGAGGAUGAGGACCAUGGUUCAGAGUGAGAGCUUCUACUAUGCACUUCUCCCUCCCAGGAUGUUAUAGCUGACCAGCCGGCAGGCCAGAUCCCUUCUCUGUGUGUCUUCUGGCAUUUCACACCAGCCUCGAACUGAAUUUGCUGAGCUUUUUCCAGUACGGUCAGUGUCAAGCAGCAGUUGUGCAUGAAUACACAGUUGUCACCCUCGAGCUGGAGUGUCCCCUGCCCCCUUGCACUCAGAGCCCUCAUCUCACUGCACAGCAGGGGCAAGCCUCACACACGCUGUACCCCUGUACCCAGCACAUAGCAGGGGCUCAAUAAA